AGGAGCUUCAAUACCAUUCCCACUACUGUACGUGUGUAUACGAACAAGAACAUGAAAUACACAUGCAUCAGACUAGAUACACCAACUCAAGCACUAUCGACGUAAGCUACGUGCAUACACGCUUUCGGUGAAAUACUGCUCACUAGUGUAGUCGCGCCAGUCGAAGAUAGAGUUUGGUUACUCUAAGAUGGAAGACAAAAACGUCAGCAGAAUCACGAAGAGAUGUUUCGCCAUCAGCCUCAUUUUUGUCGCAGUGGUCAUCGGUAUCUUUCUCGUUUACCUCAAGAUCUCACCGCAUCCCGCUCUCGCGAGACUUAGCCUAUCGAACCUGAGGGGCCUACGUGAUCGUCUGUAUUAUAAAAAAUGGAAUGAGACGAUGGAAGAUGUCACAGGAACACAAGUAGUGUCAUCAUAUCAAAGUGACCCGAAUUACACCACCCCGAUAACAAUUACAGCAGAAAUGACGCCAGUACCAUCGCUAAUGGCAAUUGAAACCAUUCUGCUGGCAAAAGAUGAACCAAAGCUCUCGAAUCCUUUUGAAUUUGACAAAGAAGGUCCGGAUGAACAAUUCAAGAGGUCAUGUUCGAAAGCUGAGAUUAAACAUUACGUCGAUUUAUUGCGAAAGGUGGGCGAGCUUUUGAAGAAGGCUAACAUCACGUAUUUCAUGUAUAGCGGCACUUUGUUAGGAUCCUAUCGUCAUUUUGGUUUCAUUCCUUGGGAUGAUGAUAUUGAUAUAAUGGUGCCGUAUCCGGAUAGAGCCAAAACUAAGAAAGCGCUUUCCGUCCCUGGUUACGAGUGCGUAACUAAUCAAGGAGCCCGCUGGAAAUUUAAUGACAAGCGAGAUAAAUUAAUUAGAAAGAGUUUACAGUGGCGUUGGCCUUUUGUUGACAUCACGUUCUACAAGGAAGAUCAAAACAACGUAUGGGACAGCGAUACGACAAAUUUUGGCCCCUAUGUUUAUAAUAAGUCUUGGGUAUUUCCGCUGACGAAGCGCCCUUUCGAGGGCUACUGGUUUCCUGCACCGAAGAACACUAAAAAAUGCUUGGAGAAUAACAUUGAUUUAUCAAUGUGUGUCACUGCCAGUUGGAAUCAUAGACAUGAACAUCACAUUUCUAAAGUGUAUAGAAAAAAAUGUGAUGAAUUCCGCCUAUAUCACGCGUUUGUAAACCGUACUCGACUGCCAAAUGGCAAGGUGAAGGAAAUGCUGACCUUUGGUUCACGCGUUUUACAAACAGUUCUCUUUGACAGUUGAUGACACUGUAAGCGGUAAAGGAGAAGGCAACGCCAUUUAAAUAAUCUUGAUGAGAAGUGGAACCAGCUAUCAGUUAGGAGAGCAAGCUUUGUCAUAUAUUGUCUUUUUAGAGCACAUGUAAUUCAGUUUUGUAUGCCAUAUAUUUGAUAGACUGUUGUCAACUGGCAGGAGGCAGUCGUGGCUGGCAGUGCAUUGGCGCGUUUUAUAUUGCGGAUAUUUUUACAUUCAUGACAAAAUUACUCGAAAACUAAAAGGGAGAUUAAGAUUACCUAUUUUACUUUAAUCUAUUUCUGAGAAGUCCAGAUCUAGCAGAAGCAUGAAAAACUCUAACCCCAACUUAGCUUACAGCGCGAUGUGCGUCGAGAAAACUUGUUAAGAGCCAGUUUUAAUUGAAUCAGGCGGAUUUCUAUCAUAGAGUGAUAUGUGACCAUCUUUGAUUUGCCUUAAAUUUUUUCGGGUGAAAGGCCUAUCGGUAGAUAGAAAAAUCCUGAAAUUCCAGGUCCAAAAAAAACUAAGAUUUUUUUCCAGGGCCUCUGGAAUGAUCACUGCUGUGAGGGUGACAAUUGGACUUCUUAAAAAAUAACUUUUGAAGUUGAAAUAUCUCAAUGCGCCAAUGACUGCCCAGCUGUAUUUUGAUAUAUGUCAGUCUAUGAUGGAAGGAGCUGCAGAAAAUCAAAAAAAAUCGGUGGGUGGUUGAGGGUGCGGCUUGUAGGGGGCACUGCAAAACAGUAUUUUUUUCUGAAAUGACACUUGUAUCUCAUACAAUCCUGCACUUCGCCCUCAACAUCCCAAGCUAGUUUAUGAAUGAUAGGAUUCCAUUUGCUUGCCCAAUACUAUGCCACAUCAAAAUAUUGCAGGAUAAUGAAGGUGCGAGGGUAUAGGUGGCGCCGAGGUCGGUGUAAAUGUUGAAAUCAGUGCUUUUGGGGGUCCAAUAUCUAAUUGCGCCCUUAUCACAUUUGAAUGAAAUCUUUUUUUAUCAGACAGCCCCAUUGACCCUUUUAUAGCUAUCAUCCAAUCAUGAAUUGAGCAAAAUUAAGCAAAACGUGAGGGAGCGUUGGGAGAGAACGCUUCGGCCUAUUCACUUGGAACUUUCAAGGCGGUGGGCAGUUGUCAGAUAAAAAGAACCCUCAAAAUUUCAGCUCUGUACACCAAGCUAUCCCAUUCAUCCAAAAUCAGGCAAAGAAGGACUUGUCAUCAGAAAGCCGAUAAGACGUUUUUCUUUUUCUUUCUUUCAUUUUCCUCUUUGGAUCACGAGUAAUGAUCCCAGUAUCAUUAGUACGAAUCAAUAAUGUCUGUGUGUUACAUGCAAGAUUGUACAUAGUCGAGGAUACCGGUGUAAUGUUUUUGAGUGUUUCUGUUUUUGAGUGCUUCCCCUCAUUGUUUGGGAACGCUCAAAAAUAGAUUGACAAUUUUUUCUGUGUAUCCCCCCUAUUGAAAAGUCGUGGUCUCUCUAGCUGCCUAUUGUUUGGAAACACUGACACAUGGGAAACAACCACAGAUGUUACACCGGUAACUGACCCUUCAUUGAUAAGGUGAAACUAGGUCCGAGUGAUGUAUUACAUGUAUUAAGGCCAGGUCAGAUCACACUACCCAUACUGAGGUUUAUAUUGGUUGCGACUUCCGGAGCGCAUUGAAUUACUCAUUUUAUGCCACAAGUGCAUAAGGGGACACUUAUAGCGUUAUGCCUUGAUAUAUUGCAGC